GCAACCUAUCCUAGUCCUAGCCAGCUACUCGAUCUUGUACUGACGAAUAGCUGCUUGGCCGUACCGUAGCUGAUCUACUAACCGGCCUUAGCUAAUUAGCUAGCUAGGGAAACAUCGAGCACCAUGGCUGCUCUGCUAGCCAAGUGCCUCGUGCUGUCCCUCUCCGUCACGCUCCUCUCUCUGCUAUGCGGCGGCGGCGCCACCGCCAUGGGCCUGCCCCCGCCUCCGGCCACGGUGAACUUCAGCAUCGCGGUGCAGGGCAUGGUGUGGUGCAAGGGCUGCAAGUACAGCGGCUACAACGCCCCCAUGGAUGCCUCCCCGCUCGAAGGCGCGGCGGUGGAGCUGCGGUGCAGCCACGGUCCGCGGCGGACAAAGCUGGUGCCGGGGGUGACAUGGCAGGGCGGCUACUUCCUCAUCGAGUCGUCGCAGCUGACGUCCUUCACCAUCGACGAGUGCAAGGUGUAUGUGACGGCCUCCCAUUCGCCAUUGUGCGACCUACCCGUGCCAGAGAACCCGGGCGCCGGAAAGGGGCUGCCGCUCAAGUUCGAGCGCUUCGACAAGCGUGCCGACGGCCUCCAGGCGAUCUACUCCGCCGGCAACUUCUUCUUCCAGCCCGAGUACCCCAACAAGUGCUACUGAUACAUACGUCCAUCGUGCGUUCGUCGUAUUCCACCUCAUGGAUACAUGUAGUUCUAGGUGUAGAACAUGGUGCACCGUACGCACGGAUGCAAGUACUUGAAUAAAUGGAUGAUGCGAUUAGUUAACUGUUGGAUAUUAGUACUACCGGGGAAAUGUAGUGUGUCACACUUGUCAGGUUGGCUUCUAAGUUUCUUCGGUUACAGUUGUUUACUUAUUUAUGUAACUCGAUGGUCGGAAUGUCCGUGUAUCUUCUUUCUGCAUUAUUAGGAUGUUUAAAGUUCGCCAUGUGUGAAUGGUGUUGCACGGGUUCUUUUUGUAAUUUUCGAAAAAAAAAGAGUUCUUUUCUCUAA